ACUCAUUAACCGCUUCAUUCAGUUACGAUGUCUUUGCUGGGGUCAGUUGCUUUUAGUUUUCUGAAUUUGAGGUGUGGGUGACCUAUUUUCGUAUUGCACAGUGCCUUAAGUAAAGUGUUAUUAACUAGGUUAUCCGAACAUUGAAUUGCGUGAAGAUAAUCAGCUCCUAGUAGUAUUUAGGGUUAAAAUUAACUCAUGUAAGAUACUUGGGCUGUAUGAAUGUUUUGCCUUGAGAAAAAAGUGGUUUGAGGUUUCGGACCUAUACAUCUCUGUGUACUGGCUUGUAUUUUACCCCUUUGGUCUUUUUUUACACAAUUAAAUGUAUGAAGUCAGUUAAAGUUUGAAAACUGUUGGCCCGUUGUACAUGUACUAUUUGUACAUCAAGAAUGUAUAGAAUUCUAUUAUCCGGUCGUUAUUCGUCUGCAUAUUUAAACGCCUGUUGUCCUUAUACUGCCGGCUAAAGCAAAAUAAUGGUUCAUAUGCUGGUAUUGAGAACAUUCACGUAGCCACCAGUUCAUGAUUACUAGAACUUUCUGGCGUGGUAACAAUAGUGCGUAAACCUUUUCUGUGGUUUUAAAAGUCUGUACACACGUUAUGUGAUUAUUCAUUUGGUUUACAGUUCAGUUUAUGAAACUGGUCACGCUUCACAUUGAUCAUGAUCCCUCUUGUAGCACAUUGUUUAAUUCUCGGUGAAGAAACCUCCCAGCCUUUGAAGUAUCUCAGUCGCCUGCUUGAUGCUUGUGAAUGUUAGUGAUCAGUAGUGCUACCGAUAAACUAUCGGAAAUUUUAGUCUUUUCAAUUGUUUUUUCUUAUGCAGUAUCUAAUCACAUUCAGCAAACUUCCUGCGCGUGUUCUGUGUGGUGCACUUAUGUUCUACCUGCAAAUGAAUGCAUUUUUCUCCCUAUUUACUCACCUAUUUGCAAGCACUACAAUAUUCAGCUACUAGUGUGCUAGAUUAUCACUUUCAAUUAAACCAGAACAGGAGGCCUUUAUUUAAGCCUUACGGUUAGUCUAAGCUGAAUCAGGCCGUCGAAUUUUGCUAUUUACAUGUGUCCGUUUCGACUGUAUGUUAUGCUAAGAUCUUUCGUUUCUAAGUUUGUUGACUCAUUUGAAAGCAUUCAAGUAUUCCAUUUUUACUGCGUUCAUUAUGCGAGACUCAGGGUUUGGCAGAGAUUUUAUUUUGCAGGGUCAAGAUAACCUCAUGAAGUAUAAAUAUAUGUAAACAAGUCAGUUGCACAAUUCAUCAUACUUUUCAUAUAGGAUACGCUGUUAUCACUUCCUAGACAAGUUUUCUUUGUUCUUGAGUAUGUUAUGAAACGGAGUCUUUACGAACAAGCAUGCUGCGUUCCUAUUUCGUCACUGGUGAUAAGCUUCAUUACCACUGUUCUGAAGAUGCUUCAGGUCCUAACAUGGUGUCUUGCUAUAUCGUGAAUUCGGGUGCUUUAUAAGAUGAAUUGAGAAUGGGUGGAGUAAGAUUCUUGAGAAAAGACGAAAUUCACCACUGCUAGGGAGAUUUCCAGCUCAUUAGAUUGGAACCUUGAGACCACAGCUACCAGCUCCAGUUCAGAAGAAUGGAGAUGACUAUGGGACUGCUCUGAAUUUAAAUGUAGGUUCAAGAGUACUUGUCGCCAAGUCAACAAUCCCGCCGUACGGACACAGAAAGAAUUGGGUACCACGCACUCAAGAGGAUUUUCUAGAUGGAGGGGCAUUUCCGGAAAUUCAUGUCCCCCAGUAUCCUCUUGGAAUGGGACAAGAAAAAAAUUUAUCAAAUGCCCUGGUUAUGAAAACUGACAAAGAUGGAAGGAUAAGAUACGAUGAACUUGUUCGUCAAGGACAUAGCAAAGAUAGGAUCAUCUAUUCUAAGUUUUCGGACUUACUACCCAAAUCUAUUGAAGACGAUGAUCCUGAGCUGAGUAAACCCAGUCAGGAAGCAAUUGAAGAGACAACAGAAAAAACACGGAAAGCCUUAGAAUCACUAGUCGAAAUGAAAGUGGCUGCCGCUGCACCUGUUCGUCGAGCAGAGAAAACAAAUCCUGCUGAAUACAUUCGUUAUACACCUUCACAACAAGGAGCUGCCUUCAAUAGUGGAGCCAAACAACGCCUUGUUAGAAUGGUGGAGAUGCAGAAAGACCCCAUGGAGCCUCCCAAAUUCAAAAUCAACCAGAAGAUUCCCCGGGGACCUCCUUCUCCACCACCACCUUUGAUGCACUCCCCGGCAAGGAAAGUCACCGUUAAGGAACAACAAGACUGGAAGAUUCCUCCGUGCAUUUCUAAUUGGAAAAAUCCAAGGGGAUAUACCAUACCGUUAGACAAACGAGUUGCUGCAGAUGGUCGUGGACUUCAAACAGUUCACAUUAAUGAGAACUUUGCGAAAUUAGCAGAGGCACUUUAUACGGCAGAUAGAAAAGCUCGUGAAGCUGUAGAAAUGAGAGCACAGAUUGAAAGAAAAGUUGCCCAAAAAGAGAAAGAACGAAAAGAGGAGCAGCUACAAAGAAUCGCUCAGCAAGCUCGUGAAUCUCGAGCUGGUCUUCGUAGACCUGGUGCAGUGGAUGGUGAAGAUGCUGAUCCUGGUUUGAAUGAUCGUGAAGAAUUGAGACGUGAUCGUGCAAGAGAUCGUGCUCGAGAAAGGAAUCUAGCUCGUGCUAACACAGAGACUAAAGCUAAGCCUGAAAAAGACAAAGAUCGGGACAUUAGUGAGCAAAUUGCACUCGGGCUUCCUAAUCCUCGGUUUAAUGCAACAAGUGAAAGUCAGUUUGAUCAGAGGCUUUUCAACCAGUCUAGGGGUUUGGACUCAGGUUUUGCAGGAGGCGAGGAUGACCUUUACAACAUUUACGAUAAACCGUGGAGAGGAGACUCAGAACUUGGAACUCACAUAUACCGUCCACGUCAAAAGGAUAAUGACGCUUAUGGUACAGAUCUUGAUGCACUAAAGAAAACCAAACGCUUUGUUCCUGACCGUGAGUUUUCAGGAGCUGACCAUUCUCGCCGAUUGGAUGGUCCAGUUCAGUUUGAACGAGAUGAAGAGGAUCCCUUUAAUCUCAGCAAAUUUUUGUCCAAAGUCAAGAAGGCAGAAAAGCGGCCAGGGGAAGGUGCGUCAGGAGCAGAUGUUAGCAAUCGAGAUACUACUCAUCGAAAGAGGGAUCGCAGAGAUUAGAAAUACUUAACUUUCAUAUAUUGUAUAUAUUGUUUUCAACGAUAUACUUUGCACAGUAGUUUUUGGCUUCGUGUUGGCCAUCAUAUUAACUAAGUUUAACUGUGAUGUAUGAAUACUUCAAAAUAUAUGUACAGCUGAAGUCACUUUU